GGAGCUGAGGGCGUCCGCCACCUUCGUUGCCUCCCUCCCUUCCCCGGGUGACGAGAUCCGAUGGCGACGGGGAGGAGCCAUUUUCUGCUCUCGCCGAGGCAGCGAGGCUGAGCAACGGUGGGGAGGGGAGUGAGGCUAAGUGGGUUGGGUGCGUGAGGACGAGGGCAGCCGCCGGCGGGGCUGGGCUGGGCGUGCCUUCCUCGUCUGGACGCCAUGGCCGAGACCUCGGGGGCCGCGGCCAAGAUGGGCUCCCGGGACGUGCUCCGGGAGACCACCCGGCUGGCUUCCUCCAGCGCCCUCUUGCAGAUACUAUUUCGACUAAUUACCUUCGGGUUAAAUGCUUUUACUCUGCGAUAUGUAUCAAAGGAAAUUAUUGGCCUUGUGAAUGUAAGACUGAUGCUGCUUUAUUCGACCAUUGUUUUCUUAGCCAGAGAGGCAUUUCGUAGAGCCUGCCUGAGUGGAAGUACAAGGAGAAACUGGACCAAAACAUUCAAUCUUUUGUGGCUGAUUGUCCCCCUGGGUGUAUGUUGGUCUAUAUUCUUGGGCUGGGUCUGGCUAGAUGUACUUGAAGUUCCUGAUAAAAAUUCCAUUCCUCACUACAACUUUGGAGUAGUUGCCUUUGGUCUUUCUGCUGUGAUUGAACUCCUAGGUGAACCCUUCUGGGUUUUAGCACAAGUACACUUGUUUGUAAAGCUAAAGGUAAUUGCUGAAAGUCUCUCAAUCAUUUGCAAAUGCUUUUUGACAGUUAUUCUAGUGGUUCUGUAUCCUCACUGGGGGCUUUACAUCUUCUCUUUGGCCCAGCUUCUGUAUACCAGCGUUUUGAUACUGUGCUACAUCAUAUAUUUCAUGAAGUUUUUGGGUUCUCCUGAAGCAACGAAAAAAUCAUUUCCAGUCAAUCGAAUUAUAUCUAUUUUACCUAAUUUUGGACAAGAUGAGGAAUUUAUCAACUGGAAAGAAGCGAGACUGACCUGGAGUUUCUUUAAACAGUCAUUCCUGAAACAAGUUCUCACAGAAGGUGAGAGAUAUGUGAUGACUUUUCUGAACGUAUUAAAUUUUGGAGACCAGGGUGUAUAUGAUAUAGUGAAUAACCUUGGGUCUCUGGCAGCUAGAUUUAUAUUUCUGCCAAUAGAAGAGAGUUUUUAUGUCUACUUUGCUACCGUUUUGGAACGAGGGAAGAAUAUCAAGUUGCAGAAACAGGAUGAUAUCUCCAUGGCAGCAGCUGUAUUGGAAUCUCUUUUGAAAUUAGUGCUUCUGAUAGGUCUAACCAUAACAGUUUUUGGUUAUGCAUAUUCCCAGUUGGUGCUAGAUCUUUAUGGAGGUUCAAUGCUCAGUGUAGGAUCAGGUCCAAGUCUCCUGCGUUGCUACAGUUUAUAUGUCUUGCUGCUUGCUCUUAAUGGGGUAACAGAAUGUUUCACAUUUGCUUCCAUGUGUAAAGAAGAAGUAGACAGAUACAACUUCGUCAUGCUUGCUUUGUCCUUUGUGUUUUUGUGUAUGUCCUAUUUCCUGACCUCUUGGCAAGGGAGCAUAGGUUUUAUCCUUGCCAACUGCUUCAACAUGGGGAUCCGAAUAGCACACAGCAUCCACUACAUCCACGGAUAUUUCAAGGGAAGCCCUUACAGACCUUUAAAAGGCCUCCGUAUUUCACCAUUGCUGAUGGUUGUUUGUGUCAUCAGUGGAGUAAUCACUGGUGUUUCAGAGGUGUUCCUGUGCUGUGACCAAGGAUGGAUGGCAAAGUUAAUUCACAUCACUGUGGGAGUCCUCUGCUUCAUAGCAACUCUUGCAGCUAUAUUUUUCACAGAAACCAGAUUGAUCCAGUUUGUCAAAACACACAUAUUAUCAAAAUAUUCCAAAGAAGGACUAAAAUGAUUAUACAGUUUAUUUAUCUCUUUACCUAUAUGUAUAUGUUUGCUAUAGAACAUUUAUAUUUAUAUAUAGAAUCACUGUGCAGGAUAGGACUGUAAGAACCCCAAUAUAUGCCUCAUUCAGUCAGUGAAAUAAAAUCACCAAUGGUCUGCCA